AUGUCCCAACUAACCCCCCAAACCCACUGUUCCGCUUGCAAAGCCACCGCCGCCCAGUGGACCCGAGCAAACGCCUGCACCCCUUCGAACCUCGACCUCAGCUCCCCCGGCAAACCCUACCCCAUCCCCCCAACCUUCGGCACAGACAGCCACCCCUACGCGCGACAGAUCGGAGAAACUCAGUUCAUGACCGCUCCUGAACCAGAGGUCGAGGUCACACAGAACAAGGGUUGGAUAAAGCCAGAGUACGACGUCGUGGUGAAGAAGGAUGUUGACAUGGAGUAUGUGAAAGAGUUAGUUGCCAAUAUCUUCCCUCCUGGUUCGGCACCGGAGGAGGAUGCUAUUCCACCACCAAGGCCGAAUGUGCCGGAUAGGCCACCGAGGAAGUGCCUUUCUAGUGUGGAAAUAGUAGAUGCUAUUCCGCCUCCAAGACCGAAUGUGCCUGGUAGGCCUCCAAGGAAGUGUCUUUCUGGUUUGGGAAUGGAGGAUGCCAUUCCCCCUCCAAGACCAUUUGUGCCGACCCCGCCAUAUGAACGUCUUUCUGGCUUCAACCAGGAGGAUGUGCUUCCAAAUCCAAGGCCGAAUAUCCCUCUGCCUCCAGACGCGCCUCCGAACCAGGGCCUUUCAAGUUUCAACCCGGAAGAUGCGAUUCCAACUCCAAGGCCCAGUAUCCCACUGCCACCGGAUGCGCCUCCAAACCAUGGUCUCUCUGGUUUCAAACCGGAGGACGCACUUCCAACUCCAAGGCCUAAUAUCCCCUUGCCACCAGAUGCGCCUCCAAAUCGAUGA